AUGAUUCCUAUUUGGGUCCCGGCCGACUCAGGCGACGAAGUCGCCAACCGCCUGCGCGCCUCUUGUGUCUCAUUUCUGAAUCCUACUGACAAGAAGGACCAGGAUAUCAACGUCGUCCAGAGGUACGCCUGGUACAAGGCUGUUCCAGCCUGGGCGAGCGGCGACUUCUGGACUGUGCGCAUCGACCACUUCAUUAUACCUUUGCCGAGCAGCUCGUUUCCCAUUCUGGACAGCAUCAUGGAAGCUGAGCAUGGCAGCGACAAGAAGCCCGUCACCUUCUUCACCACCAAGACCAUCCUUCCGGGUGGCCUGUACACCUACCACCGCUUCGUUCACGAGGACGGCGUGAUCCAGAAGCGCAACCUUCUCGGCUUCCUCGACCCGCUUGCCACCGCUGACAUCAACGCCACGCGUCCGUUGCUUCGCGACGCCUUCCACUUGCCUUCCGAGAUGCAGACUCAGGACAAGAACCAAGGUACCCCGGCUGCUAACGGCAUGCUGUACAAUGAUGCUUGGGUGAAGGCCACUAAGCUCAGCUCUUCCGCUGUGCGCUUCCAAGGCAGCUUCGUCAAGAGUGAGGAGUUGGAGGAUCCCUUCAGCAGCCCUGAGGUCGGUCAGCGAAGCGGCGGCCGCAGCAGCGGCAAUCUCAAUUGCAAUAGCACCGACACCAGCCCCAAUGGCAAGAAUCAGCUCACCCCCACGUACACCUCGAGUAUCGGAUCCGGCUAG